AUGCAGAAAAAGACCAAUAAGAAAACUCGGUGGAGCGCAAAUUCAGUUGAAGUCGGUUGUAAAACGUACCGCCCGAGACCGAUAAUCGUUCAGCACACUCUCUUAUUUCUAUCUAUCUAUCUAUCUAUCUAUCUAUCUAUCUAUCUAUCUAUCUAUCUAUCUAAGUCAAUCGUUUCACCCUGUCAUCUUUUAUACCCUCCCCUCAAUAUCUUUUUCAACUCUAUAUCAUUAGAGAAACGAAAAAAUAUCUAUCUAUCUAUCUAUCUAUCUAUCUAUCUAUCUAUCUAUCUAUCUAUCUAUCUAUGUUUUCUCAUUAUCUAUCUAUCUAUCUAUCUAUCUAUCUAUCUAUCUAUCUAUCUAUCUAAUCAGAUCUAUGAGUAUCUACCUAUCCAAUCAUGCCGAAUGCAUCGUAUAUCUGUUCGUAUAUCUCUAUCUCAAUUUGUUCGUAUCUAUCUAUCUAUCUAUCUAUCUAUCUAUCUAUCUAUCUAUCUAUGCCUGUUCACAUCUAUCUCAGACAUGUAG